AUGAACACACCAAUGAUCGCUGCUGCAUUGGCCAGUGCGACGCUUGCAAUGCUAAUAUGUAUAUUACUGAUUUUCUGUAUUGUGCACGAUCUUAGCACCUUCUAUGGCGAAACAAUCGAGCAACUCUCAGAAUUCAGGGGCAUAGCCGACACAGCCUGGGACAGGAUGGGUCCAACCUAUCGAGUGACGAGAAAGCAGCAAGACCCUCCUUGUUUAAGCCGUCACGCCCGACAUUCUAAAUUAGCAGAGUGCGACUGUGCUCCAGUGCCCGAUUUCUGCCCUCUAGGCGCACAAGGCCCACCAGGACAGCCAGGAUACGAUGGAGAGCCUGGCGUGCCAGGCGAACCUGGCAUGCGUGGACUGGACGGAAUUUCUCUCAACUACUUUGGACCUUCUAUUUGUUACCCAUGUCCGGCAGGACAGCCAGGAUUUCCUGGUCCCGAUGGACCUGUUGGACUACCAGGAACAGAUGGAUUGCCGGGUCUGCUAGGAGUUCACGGAAUGCCUGGACUAGUAGGCUUUCCUGGAAUGGAAGGUGAUGCUGGAUUGCCGGGAGAAGCGGGACUUAGAGGAGAAUCCGGGCCACAAGGACAGUUCGGGCAGCGAGGGAUUGGUAUACCUGGUCCUGCUGGAGCACCUGGAGCACUGGGAGCUUUGGGAUUUCCUGGAGAUAUGGGCAACCUUGGAACGCCAGGACUUCCCGGAUUGCCGGGACCAGAGGGUACAGCAGGAAAGCCCGGUACGCCCGGAGCAGACGGAGUGGUUGGAAGUCCUGGAGAGCCUGGAGCUCAUGGACGCGAUGGCUUCUAUUGCCCAUGUCCAAAUCGUUUGGCUCGUAUAAAACAGCUGAGACUUUCACGCCAAAGAGAUGACGUAGAGUAUCUCAAAAAUCAAGUUGUUAUUGUGACAGGAUCUCAACGUCGCAAUGAGGGAAUAAUUUGA